AUGGCUACUACUUAUCAUCCGCAAACCAAUGAACAAACUGAAGUUUUGAAUCGACAAAUUAAGAACAUUCUUGAGAAGGUUGUAAACGCUUCGAGGAAAGAUUGGUAUUUCCAAUUAGAUGAUGCUUUAUGGGCAUUGCAGACAACAUACAAAAAUCCAUUAGAGAUGUUGCCGUAUCAAUUGGUUUUUGGGAAAGCAUGUCACUUGCCAGUCGAACUGGAGCACAAAGCAAUGUGGGCAAUUAAGCAAGUGAACAUGGACUAUGAAGCAGCUGGAAAGGAAAGACCAUUGGAUAUCAUUGAAUUAGAGGAGAUUAAGAAAAAUGCUUAUGAAAAUGCUACAAUUUACAAGGAAAAUAACAAACAAUGGCAUGACCAGAUUAUUUUACAGUGA